CCGUGGGUUGACUGUUCUCGUUCUUUGUUUUCUGUUUUGGUGAUUUUCAUUUUCCAGGUUUUGGAAAAUUCAGAUUCACAUUGCGUGUCAUCAAUUUCAGAGAGUAAUGGAUGAGGUGAUGACGACGGCAGAUUCGGUCUCCUCUCGCGGCAGCUAUGGGACGCCAUCGUCGAAUCUGCUGCCAUACAACCUUCCUCUGAUAACCGCAUUCCUGGCCUUCGCCCUUGCUCAGUUUCUCAAGCUCUUCACCACCUGGUAUAAAGAAAGGAGAUGGGAUACUAAGAGGAUAAUAGAUUCCGGUGGCAUGCCAUCAUCACACUCAGCAACUGUGACAGCUCUAGCAGUAGCUAUAGGUCUACAAGAAGGGACUGGAGGAGCUGCUUUUGCCAUUGCAGUUGUCUUGGCAUGUAUUGUCAUGUAUGAUGCCACAGGGGUUAGGCUUCAUGCUGGUCGUCAAGCAGAAUUGCUAAAUCAAAUUGUUUGUGAGUUUCCUCCGGAACAUCCCUUAUCUAAUUCAAGGCCCCUGCGUGAAUUGCUUGGCCAUACUCCUGUCCAGGUUGUGGCUGGUGCUUUGUUGGGGUGCAUAGUGGCUUAUCUGAUGAGAAAUUCUGGUUAGGAUUCGGCAUUAAGGACACGAAUAGUUUGACCUUACCAUCAAUGUCGUGUAAUAUAUAUCCUACAGUAACUAGAAUAGAAGAAAGAGCUCUUUUUGAACAAAGUUACAUUUGCUGAAAGCCGGUAAAGGGGUUGGACAAUAAUUGGAGACUGGUUUCUGUUGGCUUUAGACAAUUUAUACAUGGCAUAUUUUGAAAUUAAUAAAGAAUUCUUUAGCUUUGCCAAUGCAUUAAAUGAUUGUUUGCUUA